GUUAAGCACAGGCCGUGCCGACUGCCGCCCGCAUUGCGCGGGGAGAUUUUGCGCUGCAAGCCGUCUGGAGUCCGCACUCCUCCGUUAGCCCUCCAGGUCACCUCGCCGGUCAUUUGUCAUCCGGUCCGCGUCUGAGUUUUGGAAGUCAACAUUCGAGAAUCCACUCUGAUUGUCAACCACGACGAACAAUACCACCGCGCGAAUGAACAUGUCGCACGCCAUUGCGCCCAUGCGCACCUUUUCCAGUGUCCUCUCCAGGACCCCCGCGAGGCAAUGCCAGCGGUUCAUCUCGACAGCUACAACCACCCGGCCUACCGUCCCGAGACUCCAAGCCCAGCUCCAUCAGCCAGUGGCGCAACGCAGAACUUAUAAGACCGUCGAGGAAGCAAAGAGCAAAUACCGUUCGGGACCCUUUUCCUGGAAGGCCGGCCUUCUCUUCGUCCUCACCGGCGCCGGCUUGCUAUGGUACUUUGAGCACGAGAAGCAGCGCAUGCAGCGCAAGAGGAUAGCCGAUGCGACCAAGGGUGUUGGCAGGCCAAAGGUCGGCGGCCCGUUCGAGCUGAUCGACCAGAACGGCAAGCCCGUGACGGAGAAGGAUCUCAAGGGUCGCUAUUCCUUGGUCUACUUCGGCUUCAGCCACUGCCCCGACAUCUGCCCCGAGGAGCUUGACAAGAUGGCGGCCAUGUUCGAAAAGGUGGAGGCCGAGCGUCCCGGCGCUCUCAAGCCUGUCUUUGUUACCUGCGAUCCGGCGCGCGAUACCCCCCAGGUGCUCAAGGAGUACUUGGCCGAGUUCCACCCCCUGUUCAUCGGCUUGACGGGCACAUACGACCAGAUCAAGGCCAUGUGCAAGGCGUACCGCGUCUACUUCAGCACUCCCUCCAAGGUCGAGCCUGGCCAGGACUACCUCGUCGACCACAGCAUCUACUUCUACCUGAUGGAUCCCGAGGGUGAUUUCGUUGAGGCCCUUGGCCGCCAACACUCGCCUGACCAGGCUGCCAAGGUGAUCUUGGACCACAUGAAGGAUUGGCAGGGUAAGUGGAAGAAGGAUUAGGCGGACAUCUGGCUUUAGUACAAAAGUAAAAGAUACAGAGUGUAGAAAACGUGUACGAUACAUCGACUGCGGUACUUAUACAUUGAAGGAGUUCUUCUGUCGGGCAGCGAUACCGAGCGAUGGUGCCUCAAAGUUCUUGGAUAUGCGUCGGGCGGGCUCGGAUCUCUUUUGUCACUUUAGACAAUUUCGGGUUCUUUGCGCAUCCCGGUCUUCAAGCAUAACAAGAUGGGCCAGUUGGGCUCGAUGACCAAGUCGAAUGCUUAAUGGUAUGUUAGAAUACGAACUAAGGUCCUUAGCGACCUUGCAGCUACAAGCCAACUUGUAAGGCAACCUUAAC